AUGGAAGGCGAUCAAAACACAUCCGGUUUCACUUUGGUCACAAGGAAGCCUUGCUUCGGUCUCCAAGCUUGCCCUAAUUGCCUCCCCGCUUACAUAUACCUGAAACUAGCCCAGCUUCCUUUUCAACUUGCAUUCAAUUCCACCUUCCCUGAUUCAUAUGAGCUGCCCUACUUUGAAACUGGGACAUAUGUUGCAUACAACAAUGAAGAUGGAGGUGUGAUUGAGAAGCUGAAGAAAGAUGGGGUUGUGAAUCUUGACUCUCAGCUUCAGUCUCAUCCGGAUUAUCUCUCCUUGAAGGCACUUAUUUUGUCUUGGCUUGAAGAAGCGCUUGCUUAUGAAAUGUGGGUUGGUACGGAGGGAGUAUCUGCGUGGAAGAUCUACUACGCGGAUCUUCCUUGGGUGAUCAACAAGGUCCUGUUUUAUAAGCAGACUAACAUGGCCAAGACCCGUUUAGGAAUCACCAAAGAAAACACAGAGGAAGGAGAGAAACAGAUAUACAAGAAGGCAAGUGAUGCAUAUGAAGUUUUGUCGACUAGGUUAGGUGAGCAGAAGUUUCUUUCUGAAGACAGGCCAUUGAGUUUGGAAGCUUUCUUUCUAUCACACAUACUUUUUACAAUCCAAGUGUUACCGGAAACAUCAAAGCUUCGGUGCAAACUUCUGGAACAUGGUAAUCUUGUCAGAUAUGCUGAGAAACUCAAGUUAUAUUUCCUUGAAGCCUCUUCAUCAUCUUUGCCCCCACUUCACUCAUUCCCUUCCUCAUUUUCAAAAAAGGGUUCGAAGGAAAAUAGCAAACCAAAGGCUGAAAAGACUGAAGAGGAGAAAAAAUUCAAGAAAAGAGCAAAGUUCUUCCAAGCUGCUCAGUUUCUAGCCGUCGGUAUUUACUUAUCUGUGAUGGGAGGAGUUAGUAAUGAUGAACUGGAGUAUGAAGAUGAUGAUUAG